AUGGCCGAAGGAUCUACCGAAAAGCCUCUCGGACAAAUCCAAUUCCGAACAGUUGGAAAUUCAGUACCAGGUUGUGGUCGGCCAGGAGAAGACUUCUAUCACUGGAGCAAGGCUGGCAAUAGUUACACACGAGUAAACAUUCCGUUCGGGCACGUAUUCGACAUAUUUCCUAGUACAUCGUUCACUGUUGGCCGCAGCUCUGAAAAAAACAUUGAUCUCAUCUGCCUGGACCAUCCUAUGAUAUCCUGGAAGCACUUUCAGCUCUACAAUGUCGUCUUUGAAGAAGGGAGCAACCAAUCGCCGAUGGUCUACGUACGCGAUCUCCAGUCUUUGAAUGGCAUUUUCGUCAACGGUCGGUCCAUAAGCUCAAAGUCUCGCCAACCGAGCCCAGGGCACCUGCUAAGCGAUGGCGACAUCAUCAAAAUCGAGCCUUACUGGGAGUUUGAGAUAUCAUUGUUUAAUCCUAAGAGUUCACCACUUAAGGAUAUUCAAUAUGAGGAAGCCAAGCUAUUCCGCAAUCGCUACAUCAUCACUGAUCAAAUCCUUGGUCAUGGGAACCAGGGAACGAUCCACUUGGCAGUUGAUGUGAAUUGUGGAAAACAACUUGCAUGCAAGAUUAUGGAUCUCGACCCAGCUGGCGCUCGGGAAGAACAGAACCAUCUUCGCGAGGUUGAUGUUCUUGCCAAAACCAGACAGCCUGGUCUCCUCAGCUUUGAAUACGCGUUUCGAUCCGUACAUACCAUCUACUUAUUCACGGAACUAGCCACUGGAGGUGACCUCUUCUCCAAGCUGGCUUCUGAGCCUUUAAGCGAGAAGGAGGCCAAAUUCGUCGCACACCAGAUCGUCAAGUGCGUCUAUUACUUACACGACAAACGCGACCUCGCCCACAGAGAUAUCAAGCCGGAGAAUAUUUUGCUCGCCAGUGGACCCGGCAUUAAAACACGAGUAAUUAUUGGUGAUCUAGGUCAUUCCAAAGCAACCACAUGGGGCCGCAUGACGUCUGUUGUCGGAACAGACAUGUAUCAAGCCCCUGAGCUGCGCGCCAACCAUAACAGCAACGUGGCCCAUGGGAAAUCUGUCGAUAUUUUCGCAAUUGGCAUGACCACGCUGACUGUAAUGAUACCGGCAGCGAGAGAAACCCAGCUCGGCGACAUGUCUCAAAAAGAACUCGAUCGCAAACUGCAGGAGUUGUUUGGCUCACCCACUUUGAAAACACCUAUCAGCACAAAAGGACAAGACUUCAUACGACGGUGUCUCGCCGUCGACCCAAACUCACGAAUGACGGCUUCACAAGCACGAAAACACAAAUGGAUUUGCGUAGACAAGCGACGCGAAGAGAGCUGGAGGGAGAUACGUAACUUCUUUUGGAAACCUGCACAUACCACAACACCACCUAUUGAAAUGCUGCCUAAUGUCCUUGACGAGGCGUAUCUUUCGAAACCGCGGCGACCCGCAUGGCUACAAUCAUUUCAUCCUGCUCUUUCCAGCUCCGCUCCCCUUUUGAAACGAUCUUUCGAAGAUCUUGAAGAGGAUGACCCACUGAAAGUCUCGUUAUACUUUCCCUUGUCCAAAGGUGCUGUCGGGGCAAGCUCGAAAAACGGCAAGCGACGGAAAGCUACUUUUGGUAAAGGUUCGAGCGACCAAGAAAAUCUGCAUCAAAGCUGA